CUUGAAAUUCUCUGUCAAAGCCCAAUGCAUACAGACGUGAUCUCGAUAUUUCGUUUAAGUUACACGCGUGUUUGCUUGUGACUUACGAAAAGACAUCAUGCUGUACAUUCCUAAAUAACGUUUUUGGGAAUGCUGCGGCGAUAUUACGGCUGUAACGAUAAGUAAUGUGCAGCGAUGUGAUAUGUUUACGCGUUCAUGAUAAAGUACUCGCCCUUUGUAAAUGUAUUUCGGUGCCAGGUGCGUAGAAAGCAGCUGGCAAGAUGGGCAAGUUGUUGUCAAAGAUCUUUGGCAACAAGGAGAUGCGAAUUCUUAUGCUAGGAUUGGAUGCUGCUGGGAAAACUACAAUAUUAUAUAAACUUAAACUAGGACAGUCUGUAACAACUAUACCAACUGUAGGAUUCAAUGUAGAAACGGUUACCUAUAAGAACGUCAAGUUCAAUGUUUGGGAUGUUGGAGGACAAGAUAAAAUACGUCCGUUAUGGCGUCAUUAUUAUACUGGAACACAAGGACUUAUUUUUGUAGUAGAUUGCGCUGACAGAGACCGAAUCGAUGAAGCACGUCAAGAGCUUCAUCGAAUUAUAAAUGAUAGAGAAAUGCGAGAUGCUAUUAUUUUAAUUUUUGCGAAUAAGCAAGAUCUUCCUGAUGCAAUGAAACCACACGAAAUACAAGAAAAGUUGGGUUUAACUAGGAUACGAGACAGGAAUUGGUAUGUUCAACCAUCGUGUGCCACAACUGGUGAUGGGCUUUACGAAGGCCUUACAUGGUUGACCAGUAAUCAUAAAUUAUGAGCAAAUAUUUAUUUUUCAUCAAUUAGCCACAUACCAAGAAUGUACGUUUGCUUUGUAUUUCCAUUUUUAUUUAUCGUGUAGAGGCUCUGUAAUGCAACUGACAAUGAUCGUAAAGAUCCGUGAGAGAAACGAUAUCGUCUCGAGCGUACAACAGCAAAUGUAACACAACCAUUAAUAUCGAAUUAUGCGUUUCAGUAAUACUAAUACUAUAUAAAUAGAAAUUUAUCCAAGUACCAAAAGAUAUAGACUUUGUUACUAACUGUUUAUCGAAGUCCAUGAAAAUAGUUAUUACAAUAUUAUCGAUUAGAUUAUCAUGUUCAACAUUUUACUAUAAUUUAUAUAUAUGUAUAUGCGUGCGUGUACCGCAUUACGGGAUACCAUUUGUAAGUGAAUACAAAAAUGAUGAGCCGUUUAUGGUAUCAAGGAAUACAUUUGCAAAAUUAUCUUCUCAAUUUAAAACGAUCACUUAAACAAUGACUAAUUUAAAGAGCCAUGCCUAAGAUGCAGACACGAGGUUAAUUAUUCAUUGGUUAUUGUCAGCGCUAUGUAAUAUGUAUCACGUAAUAUUCAUACAUAUAAUCUCAUCGAUAUAUGUGAGUAAACAUUCAAAGCACUUACAUUAUUGGCUCCAUUUAGCACCAAGAUACUAUUCAUCGAUAAAUUCUUGUUGUAUUAAGCCAUUGCUUUAAAAGUAUGUUUACAGUUUCAUUAGUUUUUUUUCUUUCUUGAUUGUCUUCCAAUUCAAUCGGUCGAUUUGUUUCUUCAAAAAUUACUCGUAAUUCCACGUAUAGCUUUUUGCUACUUACUUUCAUUAGGGUGCAUUAAAUGCACGAAACCACACGUACACAUACCGAUGGAGUUGUUCUGUACGCACAAAUGGCAAACCAUAGGAUUUAAUAUGAUACAACGUUUCUAAUCUGUUAUUAUUAUGAGCUCAAAACAUAAAACAGGAGAGGAAAGUAGGAACAAUGUUACUAAUAACGUAACAGCAUUGAAUCUGCCAAUAUUGUUUACCAGUUAAGUGGUCAGAUAACGCGAAACUAGAAUUAGAUUGCAAGGGAAAGAGUCAGAACAUGUUUUUUGCGAAUCUCACUUUAUUUUCUUCUUAAAUAUUAAUCUAUAGGAUAAGAAUGAUAAACGUAUUUAACAACGUCUACUACUAAUUCGACGAAAAAAUUUUUAUCGUCGUUCAAAAUUCUGUUUUUUACGAACUUCAUACGUUUAUAAAACUAGAAUACACGUUAUGACUAAAACGAAGUAACAAUGGUAUGUUACCCUUUCAGUCUGUUGCUAUAUCGACAUUUUAUUUGCAUUCCACAAUUACGUUAAGGCAUUAAGAUUUUAACGGAUCGCAUAAGUUUGUCAGAAUCAUUUUUUUGGCAUCUGUAUCAUUAACGUUAAGUGUCACGUUUAAUGAAAAAUAAUUUGCAAAACAAUUACGUAACUCGUGUUUAACGGUCGUGAACAGGCUUUGGAAAAAAAAAGUAAUGUACUAUUCCUAUAUGUGUUCAUUAGUACUGAACAGUGCUCUAUGGCUAUACAUGUUUAUACUACAUCGUUACCAUCAGUUUUGUGUUCAUACGAAAGGUAUAUAAUGUUGCGUCAUUUUUGUUUUUCCUUUGUUUUAAUUGUAUUUGAAGAGACGGAAUAAUCGUAACACGAGUAGCUUUGUUGGAAACUAGUUAUUGUUAUUAAAAAACAAACAAACAAAAAAAAAAUGAUUGAAUAUCGCGAAAUGAUAAGUAGAUUCUGGACCGAAGUAAAAUUCGGAGGAUCGAAAUUGGGGAAAAUAUGAAUUUCAUCGAUUGGAAUUUUCUAUUAUAGAAAAAUAAUAUACGUGUAAUUACGUGUUACUUUAUAAUUGCAAAUAACUUUUAACAUUCGAUAUAUUUGUCACUAAGAAUUACUAACUUAAAAACUAACGGAAAACUGGUUUUCAUUCGUGUUGAUCACUUUGAGUAACUGAGUUUUAAUAAAUCGUACGACAGUUUGUUAUUACGCGGAUAUAACCAUAGAGUACGUAUUACAGUAAGAAAUCUCCAAAGCCUGAGAUCAGACAAGUCUUACAAGCGGUAAUUAAAUUAUUUGCAAUUAAUAUUUUAGUAAUUCUAUAUUUAACGAGAAGGCGAAUUUCAUAGUAAUAACAAUAUAUUUAUUCCUUCUCUCUUUAGUGUGAAAUAACAAAAACAUUUGUAAUCAAGAUAUUGAUUUUACUAAAAAAAAAAAAGAAAGAAAGAAAGAAAGAAGGAAAACGCAGACGUAUGCAAAUUUUAUAGUUGUUAUUAUAUUAUAGCAUACAUCUUAACAUAAUAUUAGUACAUAACAUCGUCAAACAGAUUUAUUGUCAAAGUAAGCAUUUGAUAUCGCCAUGUCCAUUGUUCAGUUUAUAUGUACUAUCCUCUAUAUUUUCCAACAAUUUGUUUUAACAGGGGCCAUUCAGAAUGCAGGGCUCAAUAUAAAGCGCUUUGGAGUAAGGAAGAGAAUCAGUUAUUUCAAUAAAUUAUCAGGGUUUCUCAACAUUUACUCCAUGGAUCAUUUUUAAUUUUUGGAAAUUGGCGAAGAUUUAAAGAAUCUGUGUUUCAUACAUAAUUAAACGUUUCAGAGAGAUCACACGUAGAUUUAGAAAAUAUAAUUGUCUUUUUACCAACGAUAAAUUUUACUUAGUCAAUGAUAACGAUCCACAAAGUUCAAGAUUGAGAAACGCUGAUCUAUACUAUUAGCCAGAGAAUUCUCAAUGCACCGACAUCGAUGAAUACUAUUCAAUUACAUUAAUAAAAAAAGUAAUAGAAGAAAUAUUUUUUUUUCAGUUGUAUCGUAACGAUAGCCACAGUUAGAAAAUCUCAUUUUUACAUAUAGAAAAAUUGCUUUCAGAGAAUUGUUUGUUUCAUUUCACAAAAAUCAUAUGAAACAUCAAAAAUACUUUUUAAUCUACAAAUAGAAGAUGGUUAGUCAUCUUCAUACGAUGUAAGCGUUAAUCGAUUAUCGUUUUAUAUCAAUUUUUCAGAUGUAAAAAGUUGUUUGCUAACAAAAAACUAUGUUUGUCCUUGUUAAUAUGAACAUCAAAACAUAUUUACGAGUAGCAACUAAAGGUGCAAUAGAAUUUUUUGGUUCUCAGUACAAGUAAAAUACAAUAAGUGUAAUUUACUACAGUAAAUAUUAUAUAGAUAAAUAACGGUAAUUUUUACAAAAUUGGAAACCGCUGAACCUGGAAAUAAUAUAUGUACUUGUAUAUUAUUAUUAUAAAAUUAUUAUUAAUA